AUGGUGGCAAGCAUCUUCUCUUCUACAUCCAUCCAUUUGAGUCUAUUCGAUCUAUGGACACUGAUUGAAGAUGUUCCUCAUAGCCAAGAGUGCAUAACAGUCAUAGAGAGAGGAAGCAUGACUGCAUAUCGAGCACAACUUCAAAUAGCUAGAUCCGUGACAAUAAGAUGCAUGGCUCUCGCUAAGAGAUUUGAUGCAAUGGCAUCUUCUCUUGUAGGGGAACUCCUUCAUUCACAUACUCUUAAGAGCAGCAGCCCAUCAAGGUGCAGGCGCUUAGCGACAAAAGGUGAGACUGAUGAGAUUGGCAGUUUGGAGGCUGAUGAUCAAGAUGAUGAUUCUUUAACUCUUCUUUCUCUUGCUCCUCCAGGCCAAAACAACACCUCAAAGAAUCUUCUGGACUGUAGUUUUGAGUACUCCUCAUGCCAACUACCUCAGGAUAACUAUCAACAAUGCCCUAGGACUAGUGCUGAAAAUGGUGUAACAGUGGCACUUCAUAUUGGUCUGCCUACUUCAGAAGCUAGCUCUACUAGUCAUGCUCAUAACUUUGGGGUUCUUCCUGAAGGACAAUACUGGAUUCCUACUCCAGCUCAAAUUCUUGUUGGCCCCACUCAGUUUUCUUGUCCUGUAUGCAACAAAACAUUUAACAGAUACAACAAUAUGCAGAUGCAUAUGUGGGGGCAUGGAUCACAAUACAGAAAAGGGCCAGAAUCUUUAAGAGGGACAAAGCCAGCCUCAUCCAUGCUUAAACUUCCCUGUUACUGUUGUGCUGAGGGAUGCAAGAACAACAUAGAUCAUCCAAGAUCAAGGCCCUUGAAGGAUUUCAGGACUCUUCAAACACACUACAAGAGAAAGCAUGGGACAAAGCCAUUUCAGUGCAGAAAAUGUGGGAAGCCAUUUGCGGUUAGAGGAGACUGGAGGACUCAUGAAAAGAAUUGUGGGAAGUUAUGGUUUUGUAUUUGUGGUUCUGAUUUUAAGCAUAAAAGAUCACUCAAAGACCAUAUUAGAGCUUUUGGAGAUGGCCAUGCAGCACAUAGUCAAGACUUGCGUGGAAUUGAAGAAUUUGUAGAAUUAGAAGAAGAUGAUGAAGAAGAAGAGGACAACUACUAA